UGGACGCUGAGACGCCGCUGGACUCUGACCGGACCGCUGGACUCUGACCGGGCCGCUGGGCUCUGACCGGGCCGCUGGGCUCUGACCGGGCCGCUGGGCUCUGACCGGGCCGCUGGGCUCUGACCGGGCCGCUGGGCUCUGACACAGAUGAAGGCUUUUAUUUUUAGAUUUUGUUGUUGACGUAGCUCAGGUAACGGGACGUGGAGAACCUCAGUAGGAAGUUGGGUUUCGUCCCUGUUGGAUGAAGUGUACAGAAACUGAUCUCUCUCUGAGACGACUUUUAGCGUUCCUGCUCUGUCUGCUGGGCAUUAACUGAUGCCGUUAGUAGAACCUCGCCUCGCCAGGACCGGCGGGUUUUCGCUCUACAAUCUGGGAUCAGCUCCUCCAGCCGUACUGACGACUAACGAGCUUCUGUUCACACUGAAAGUCACGGCGGCUUGGAUGCAGAACCACUGGCAUGACUAAUCCUGACACAAUAAAACAGACGUAUUUAUGUCUGACUGAAUCUCUCUUCAGGUUUUCAGGAAAAUAGCAAAGAAAAAUAUAUCAUCAUCACCAUCUUGCUUGCUGUUGGGCUGAAGAUGACCUUUGACCCCUUCCCAUGUUGAUGGACAGCAACAGUUGCUUCUCUGAGGUCAUUGCUGACGUCUUUCCCUCUUGGUGUUGGGUUACAUGAAACCUUUGAAUUCAUUUUAUUAGGAAACAAAUGAUUUACUUCCAGGUUUGGCUCAGUAAGUCCAAGAUAAACAUGAAAAACAGCAUCUUUAUAUUAUUCAUGUAAUUGCUGUCUGAUUGUAGACUGCACUUUCAUUUUAAUUCAGUUUAUUUAUAUAACACCAAUUCACAUUAAAUGUCAUCUCAGUGCACUUUACAACAAUCAUACUUUCUUUCCAAUUAAUCCGAGUCAUGAGUUUUGAAAAGUUUUCUAAUUCUUCUGACUGAACACGCAGCGACAGUAGAGAGGAAAACUCACCUUUAACAGGAAGAAACUUCCAGCAGAACCGGAACCAGGCUCAGUGUUGGCGGUCAUCUUUCACGACCGACUUGGGUUGUGACAAGACAGAACUGAUGCACAGAAAAACACAAAAGCACUGAUUCAGGAAGAAUUAAAAAUUGGACAGCAGUAGGAGAAUGAAACAGAGCAAAGAAAAGUGGACAAUCAGUCCACAGUAAAGAAUCUAACAUCCAACUCAAAAAUGCAGAAAGAUGCAAUCAAAGAUUAAACUGAAUUUUGAAUUUUAAGAAUGUAGUGUUUAAUCACUUGCUAACUUCCAGUUCAUCAUUGUGAUAUAUGUAGGAAACUUAUCAGUUAAUGGUGGAUAUAAAUACAAUGUCAACAGUUAGCAUAGCAUUUCCCAAAUCUGGCCAAACAAAAUCCUCCCGAGGCCCGCAAACGGCCCGAGGACCAGACAUUGAACACCUGUUGGCUAGACCGGAUGUCUAACAUAGCAUAGCCAUGUACAGAUUAGCUUGUAACCGUGCUAUGGAGCUAAUGUCGGCGCCUCUCCAGAGGUGAAUGUUCUGAAAGGUCCAUAAAACCCAAACUGACCGAACAUGGCUCUUAUUCUUCUGUAGUCGCUCGGUUUUGGUCUGAUAAACGGGUUUAAAUAAUUUACGCGGCGUCAUGACGUCUCUCUGUGUCGGCUCGUUGCCUGGAGACGGCUCCCGCUCCUGUGGCCGUUGCUAUAGAAACGCCGGACCCGAACGCGCCGCCAUCGGGUCAGAACCUUCUGGAACGAAGGGUUUCUCCAGGUCUGGAGUCGGCACGCUGCAGCAGGAUGUCUGCUCUUUCAUCGAAGCCCAGCCUGCGGCACAGCGUCUCAGAGUGGCUCAGCAACAACCAGCAGCUGGCCGCCACCGCGCAACGCGAGCGACACGUUUCCCACGAGGUCCGGCAGGAGGGCCGGACGCUGCGCAACGAGACCCACUGCAAGACGGUGUGGGAUGAGGGCGACACGUCUCGCAGGCUCAGCGAUCGGAUCUGGGACGUUUCCCGGUGGAGAGACGUCCUGGAAAUCUGUGCCCAGAAGGUGGACGAGGAGAUGGAGGCUCUGACUCUGUCCAAAGAGCGGAGCGAGCUGGCCCUGACCGCCGCCUCCGUCCCCCUGGAGGUCGCCAACGAGUGCCUGACGCUGAGGGAGGGUCGGCGCGGCUACGAGCUGGUCGGCGACCCGGUGGAGGCGCAGCUGAAGCAGGAGGCGGAGCUGAUCGAAGGCGUGCAGCAGCGUCUGCAGCGCAGCGUGGACCAGGCCUUCGAGCAGCUGGGCGUCCUGCAGGAGGUCCGACACCAGCUGACCUCUGACCUCCAGAACAAGAUGGAAGCUCUGGACAUCGACACAUCCUGCCUGUCCCUCACAAUAAAGUCACCGAGCAUCUCCCUGAAGACGAACCCGACCCGGAUACCGUCAGGUUCCUCCAGCCCCCAGCAGUGGGCCCAGUUCAGCCAGUAUAACGUGGCGCGAGCCCACGAGGCCGUCCACGUUUCCCAGCAAAUGAGGGAGAACAUGAGCCUCAGCAGAGCACAGGUCCAGAAUGAGUUGGAGGCUCAGCGCCGAGCCACAGAGUUCGCUCUGCGUAAGCGGAAGCACCACGAGGAGCAGGCCAGAGAGGAGCUGCAGUGGCAAAUCAAAACCACCGAGGAUGAAAUGGCAGCCAUGGAGGGCGACAUCCGUGGGCUGGACGCAGACCUGCAGGCCAAGACGGCCUCCCUGAAGCUGGCUCACACCCGGCUGGAGGCCAGGACCCGCAGGCCCGGCAUGGAUCUGUGCCGCGACGAGGUGCAGCACGGCCUCGUUGCUGAGGUCCAGCAGCUGGAGGCCACCAUCCAGGCCCUGAGGCAGAAGCUGUCAGACGCUCAACUCUCUCUGCAGAAGAUGACGCUCCACCACAGCCGCAUGCGCCAGGAUCUCUCCAGAAAGCAGGAAGCCCUGUCUCUGGAAGAGCGCAGCAUGCAGUGCAGGACCCGCAUCACGUCGCAGUCCGGCUCCGACCGGACCGCGGUGCCGCUGGUUCCGCUCGUGAACUCCAGCGGGAGGAGCAACCUUCAGCUGCUGGCCCCGUGAGCGGACACCUCCGCUCCAGUCCAGAUCUGCUCCGUUCAGCACGGUGGAGUAGCUCCCUCACUUUCACUUUUUAUUUGUCCAUUUUUGAAAAUUGUUUUUUUUUUUUUUGGGAUAAUGGAUCCUUCUGGUUUUGGAUGCUGUGCACCUGGAUAGAUUUUGAUAAUACUUUGCUAAUUUGUUCUGAUGCGUAACCAUAGCAACAAGGUGGUUUACAACUGGGAGCAGCUGAUUGGAAAAGCUGAAAUAAUCCCACAACUGAGGACAGAAAAGGAGACGUCACAGAUGCAGCAAAGAGGAGAGAGAGGAGGAGGAAGUUCAAACCACCUCUGCCAUCCAUCGCAACGGGCAACCUGAGACUGUUGGCUGACAAGAUGGAUGAACUUCAAGCCCUGACAAGGACUCAGACUGUAGGAAAAGCAGUGCAGUGUGUUUAAUGAGGCCUGGCUGCAGGGUUACACCCCAGACUCAAACGUCUCUCUGCCAGCCUUACACACAGAUUUACAGAGCGGGAAAAGAGGAGGAGGUGGAUUAGCAGCAACAACAGAUGGUGGGAGACACUUCAUCUCACACCGUGUGAGAUGAAGUGUCUCCUCAGUCCAGACACUGACCUCUUGGCAGUGCGUCUCCGUUCAUGUUAUUUUCCAACAUGUUUUACACUAAUAUCAAGGGUUCACACAUCUCAUAAUGAAGACCAUUUCUGGGAAAAUCAGGUCACAACCUGGUUUUUCUGUGCUCAGAUUAUAAAGAACUUGUGCAGAGAUUAAAGAAAAUGAAACAAAGUGGCUAUAGGAAGGUGAAGAAGCCUAAAGGGACGAGGCAACAGACUGGAUUGCUCUUCACCAGCCACAUGGAAACAGCAUCAAUGUCAUGACUGAGUGUGUGACAGAAGUUACUAAGUUCUGUGUGGACAACAGCAUCCCUACCAGAACAGUGCUUCCCUAACGACAAACUCUGGAUCACCGAUAAACUAAAGGAACGCCAUCCCUUUCCCCUCUAUACACUGUAACCUUCCAGCAGAAGUCCGACUUCUCUCAUUCACAGAAAUACUCAGAUGACUCUGCAGUGGUCAGGUGGGUCAGAGACGGACACGAAGGCAGAGAGCCAGCCGGCCGCCUCGUGGCAGGGCGGGGAAACUAUCGUCUCAUCUUUAUGUGAAGGAAGCAAAAGACAGGAUUGUAGAUUUCAGGAGAAACGGUCAGAUCGACAUGUGGAACCUCUGGAGAUGAUGCUUCAAAGAAGGAUUUUUCAUUGAAUCUACUCAGAAAUGUUCCCUAGAAACUGUGAGUCCAGAAAACCACCCUGCACAUUUCGGCAAGACUCAGGUUGUCGGUGGACAUGGAGCGGGCUUUCAUAUCAUUUAUUUACUGUUUUGUACCAUGUUUACAUACCAUAACAUAUUUCAGAACAUUGAGUCCAAGAAAAACAUUGAAACUCCUUUCAAAAGCCUGGAGAACCAUUGAUCAGGAAGAUACUGCCAACUGGAAGGAAAAGCAUCAACAUGUGACAAACUGGAGGUUUUGGACAUUUUUGAUUAUCCUAUAAAUAUUCUCCAAGAGGGGAUUUAAUUGCCUUAUUUUUCUCAGAUUUAUUCCACUAGCACAUGUUUAUUUAAAAUUCAGAGUUGAGCACGCUCACUCUCCGUCUUAUCCACCGUUCUGUUUAAUGACUGUUUGGCUUUGUCAUAGUGUUCGACUGCCGCUGAUAGAAGCAUAAAGGCUGCGAUAAGAACGUGAACUUUGACUCUGCUUCAGACAAAUAAUGUGGUAAACAUGGUCAUCACCUCAAUAACUCCCAUAAAUCUCA